GGAAAUUGAAACAAUGUGACUUUGACUCAAUUGCAAAUUCAUACCGUGUAUACCGUGUACACCGUGUACACUGAGUAAAUACUGACUUUUAGGAGACGAGACUCUAUGUUGGAGAGCAACAUUGUAAGCGCGCGGUCUCGUCACAGAUGGAUGUUCAGUAUUAUAUACAGAUACAUAUAACACCUUCCUUGCUUUUUUGACCACCAUAAUCAAUAGUCCCUUCUAUUGUCCCCGGCACACAUCCUAACACAUACUCGCACGUAUUUAUAGUCUUACUACUUACCACUUACUCUACAUUCUCUUUAAAAUUUCAUUGAAGAAACCGAGUCGCCAGGAAGCUACCUUUGGUAUACAUGGAACUGCCUGCACUGUCUUGAAACUCGCUGAAUCUACCUGCGACAACUUGCGGUACACGACUCCAUAUCUCAAAAUUUGCACUUCUUUACAACAUUCAAAAAAAUUGCCACUUGUCGCGCAAAUGCACAAUACCAUGAUGGUCAUACGACAGGACAUAUAAAAAGUAAACUGGCUCGAAUUGCCAAUGGCUUCUUCUUCGUUAUCGACACGCGCUGUGUCUGUUUCUGAUCGAUCAAUAUCGACUCCCGACCCCCAAAUUGAGACAAUUUACAGUGUCGAUGGCGCCCGUAUCAUAUCUUUUUCAAUACCGUCGCAAACUUCAUCGCGACCGAGCUCGAGUAAUGGAGCUGUGGAGGAUAAUACAGAAAUAGGUUCCUCUUUGAGGUGGUCAUCCCCAGGGGAAAGGACAAUCGCCGUUGGCACUUUGCGCAUUUAUAGAGCUCCCGAAUCCGUCGCGUUUUUCAAUUGCCAGAAAGCCUUAAAGCCAAUAUUACCUCGAAGCCAAUGCUGGUUUGUCUCGGACGAUGGAUCUAGCAAAUUUGUGUUGCAAGUGCGAAGGCUACAGGAGUACUGGCGAAUCGAGAUAAGCAAUACGACUCCCGAAGAGAUUAAGCAAGGAGAAGAGCUCAAGAAGAUAUUGGCGCAAGUGUUAUUAUAUGAAAAGACCCCUUGCCCGUUCCAAAGAACGUUUUCAGUUGAUCUUCCGAUUGCUCCGCAAAUGCCUACCACGCAAAAGCCGUGGAAGCCAGUACAAAGAUCAUCAUCGAGGAUUCCUUUACCUAGGGGUGAUCUUUAUCCUGUUGCUUUGAAGUCAAACUCGUUGACCCCAAAUUCGCCAAAGCUGUCAUGUAGAAGAACCCGCUCUUCUUCCCCACUCCAGACUUCUGCAUUGCAUCGAUCCGCGGCCAGCCCCACAGAGACAUGCAUGUCAGACCUGCAACUCCAAGAAGAAACGCCAGAAAUAUCUUUAGUCCAACCAACGGAUCCAACUGUACACUCCCUAAUAUACCCAAUACAAAUUCGUGCAGCCGAACCUCAUUCAAUAGAAUAUGGUGUGGCCUCAUCAGAAUCUAUAGUUACUGUCUUGUCCCGUAUACAGGUAGUUGAGGGUGGGAAUAGUGACAUAACGGACGACUCUAAUGCUACAGCCAAAACCCCUGCUCAAUCACCACGUUCGCAGUCACUUCCUGGCUCAAGAAGUCGCUCACAAGUGUUACAUCACUGUAGUCGAUCGAUCACAGCCCCUCCUAUCCUCUCUCUAGUCACAAGUCCACCUUCAAAGCGUCAAAAUAGGUCUCCAGCGAGGAAUAUUGCUGUCGGUGACCCUGAAUCAGAGCUUUCAUCAAGCGUCGAUUCGUUUCACUCUACACAGUCAUGGCACUCUCCACUUGAUGUACCACCGUCACCGCCUCUGUCCGGUCCACCUUCCCCUGUCACUUUUCCCUACCCCCACGAUAAUAUUGUCCUUCCAAAGAAAGUACACCCUACGCAAGCAAUUUCACAGCUCAAUAUAACCCCCGAGACACACGGAGUAUGGCCCACACCUUCACUCAUUAGUGUGUCUCCUCGAAGUUUGUCACCUGCUCCAAAAACACCGACUUUGGUCAAUGAUUGCGGCAAGUCUGAAUGUGAAGCCUUUGAAGCCAUUACUCCAUCACCACCACGGUUGAGACAGCGUGGUACUACAGGUAGCAAUUCACGAAGAAGAACACUGUCCCCUCUCCCUGCUGCAGUAAAUCUGUUUUCCCCACCACCGGGAUCACGGCGACUACAAACUGCUCGACACCUUCCGACAGCCAUCAUCCAAAAGACAUGUGAAAUUCUUUUGAGUCCUCCAAGUCAUUUACUACAUGUGAUGAUUAAUGUAGCAUCUAAAAUUGCAGCGGGUGAAUGGAGAGGAGUGCUACUCGGUGAAGGGGAGGCUGUGCAUUGGGAUUUCACCGAAGACGAAUAUCAUGGCGAAGGUUGGACUGAGGAUGACUUUGGAUUUAGUCUUACACCCACGCCUUCAAGAAGACGGGAGGUUUCCUCACAAUCCAAGAAGGACACGACCUCUAGCGAGAGUUGGGAAGUUGAUUAGGCUUCUAUUUGUACACUAUAAACCCACCAUUUGUGCUACUAUGAUUUUGUAAUUGGGGCUUGGUAUGAUUUAUAUCAAAGGAAAUUUACUAGGAGUAUUAGUGGGAAGGUCAUGCAGUCAUCAAUUUGGUUGAAGUGGUGCUUAUGAUUUUGACGGGCUUAAUUCGGACAUGGUUUGGGCGUGUAUAGAUAGUAUGGAUAUAAUGCAUUAAUAUCAUGGAAUAUCCCAUAUAAUAGAUCAUUUCGGCCA